GAGUGAGCGUGCAGCUUGGACAUUAGAGGUGGAUCAUUAUGCAUGCUGGAUUGUGUGGCUUCAGCACUGGAGGCCUUGUGGUUUUCUUACCUUACCCAGGACCAUCCAGACACAUCGACGGUGACUCCAGCUUAGCCCAUUUCACACUCAAUCUCAGAUGAUUUAGGUCUGCCUGCAUCUGUCCUUGCACCAUGGUUGUUCCUGAAUCUCAGGACAAAAUGUACUACCCUCCUGACGACCUGCAGAGGGAUGCUCAUGUGCCUGAUUUGAACUCAUAUCUGGCACAGUACAGGAAGUCUCUUGAGAAUCCAGAAGCUUUCUGGAAAGAAGUUGCCAGUGAGUUCUUCUGGAAGAAACCAGCAACAGGCCCAAUGCUGCAGUACAACUUCGACGUCACAAAAGGAAACAUAUACGUUAAAUUCAUGGAAGGGGCCAAAACCAACAUAUGUUAUAAUGUCCUGGACAGGCAUGUGAGGGAGAAGGACCUCUAUGAAAAGGUUGCCUAUUACUGGGAGGGCAAUUCACCCGAUCACCAUGUGACCAUCACCUACCGUCAGCUGCUGAGCCAGGUGUGCCGCUGCGCCAACGUCCUCAAGCGAAUGGGUGUGAAAAAGGGAGACAGGGUGUCCAUCUACCUGCCCAUGAUCCCAGAGCUGGUUUACACCAUGCUGGCCUGUGCCAGGAUAGGUGCUGUUCACUCUAUUGUGUUUGCUGGUUUCUCCUCUGACUCUCUGUGUGAGAGGAUUAUUGAUGCCCAGAGCAGCGUCCUGGUGACAGCAGAUGGUGUUUACAGAGGGGAGAAGCUGAUCAACCUGAAACUGAUUGUAGACGAGGCUCUAGAGAAGUGCCGGGAAAAAGCCUCGUCGAGCAUCAAUAAAUGCCUCGUUGUCCGACACCAUCUGAGGACAAAAAGUGGAACAGCGUCCAACAAAUUACAGACGCCCUGGGACUCGGACUGUGACGUGUGGUGGGACGAGGCCAUGAAAGAUGCUCCUGAGGAGUGUGAGCCAGAGUGGAUGGACGCCGAGGACCCUCUGUUCAUCCUCUACACCAGCGGCUCCACCGGAAAACCCAAGGGUGUUCUCCACUCGGUUGCCGGGUACCUGCUCUACACGGCGCUGACCUUCAAGUGCGUGUUCGAUCAUCGCCAUGACGACGUGUACUGGUGCACGGCCGACAUCGGCUGGAUCACCGGUCACUCCUACAUCACCUACGGUCCGCUGGCAAAUGGCGCUACCAGCGUUUUGUUUGAGGGCAUACCCAUCCACCCUCACGUUGGACGCUUCUGGGAGAUAAUCCAGAAGUACAGAGUGACUAAGUUCUACACGGCCCCCACAGCCAUCCGCCUGCUGAUGAAGUACGGACGGGAGCCGCUGCAGAAGUACGACCUCUCCAGUCUGAGGAUCCUGGGGACGGUGGGCGAGCCCAUCAACCCGGAGGCCUGGCAGUGGUACCACGAGGCGGUCGGGCAGGGGAGAUGUCCCAUCGUCGACACUUUCUGGCAGACGGAGACGGGAGGUCACGUUCUGACUCCUCUGCCCGCGGCCACGCCGCUGAAACCAGGCUCUGCUACGUUCCCUUUCUUCGGAGUGGAGCCGAGCGUCCUUAACGAGCACGGAGAGGAGCUGGAAGGAGAGGCUGAGGGUUAUCUGGUUUUCAGGAGGCCUUGGCCUGGACUGAUGCGCACGGUUUACAGAGACCAGGAGCGCUUUGAGAACACCUACUUCAAGAAAUUCCCCGGCUUUUAUGUCACUGGUGACGGCUGCAGGCGGGAUAAAGACGGCUAUUACUGGAUCACAGGCAGAAUAGACGACAUGAUCAACGUGUCAGGCCACCUGAUGAGCACGGCCGAGGUGGAGGCGGCGCUGACCCAGCACCCGGCCGUGGCGGAGUCCGCCGUGGUGAGCCGGCCCCACAAAGUGAAGGGCGAGUGCCUCUACUGCUUCGUGACCCUCAAAGACGGCAUGGAGUUCAGCCACGCGCUGGUGCAGGGGCUCAAGACGCUGGUGAGGGAGAAAAUCGGACCAAUCACCACGCCAGACUUCAUCCAGAAUGCCCCGGCGCUGCCCAAGACUCGCUCAGGGAAGAUCAUGAGGCGAAUCCUCCGGCAGAUUGCCCGCAAUGAGAACGACCUCGGCGACCUCUCGACCCUGGCGGACCCGAAGGUGGUGGAGGUGCUGUUCAGCCAGAGGUGUGAAGCUGCAGCCUGAUCAAACACCCCUCAGCUCCCACACUGUCUUCUACAGUAACUAUGCAACAGAACUAGUCUAACUAGUGGUCCAGUGUGGUUGUGCACUGGUUUUAUGGACCUUCUUAUAUGGGGCAGUUAUUUGGUCCAAGUCGUCCCCUGUAAAGACAAAUUUUUUCUAAUGCCUCAAAGAAUAAACUUUAUAUUUAGAAAUUUUA